AUGGCACCCGACUAUGAUUCUUUUGUCGGGGCCUACACCUUGCGUGCGAAGCCGGAUCUGGACGAGGGACUUGCUCUCGCUACCGAGGACGCGCAUUCUGAUCUCGUGGCCGCACUCUUCGACGCCGACGCUCACGUGUCGGACUGGACAGUGGCGGCUCUCCCUGGAAGGCUAGGGGUACAGCAGCAUGAGAGUGUUGUUCGCCAGUAUCUCGACCAUGGUUUUGACGCCAACGGGAGCUACCGCAACGGCAUUCCUAUCCUAGUGCAAAUGAGCAAUCCCGCCUGUGCUCGUGAAUUAAUCUCGCGAGGCCCUGACCCUAACCAUACAUCUCUGAUUGAGCUGCUUCUCGCGCACGGGGCCAAGCUGGAACCGGAUCUCCUCUUCAAGGCCGUGGCUCCGCGCGUGCCCCAAGGAGAGUUCAUGACUAGAUAUAUUCUAGCCAGAGGUCUCGAUCCUAAUACAACCUCUGUCAAAUGGCGUGAUCCUUUACACCGUGCUAUCCACUCUGCCAGGCCGAAUAUUGUCAAAUUAUUACUCGAUGCAGGCGCAGAUCCUACAGGACAAUCGGCUCAUCCACAAUACCGUGGCGGAAGCCCCUUACAAAUAGCUAAAGACAUACAAUUGUCUGAGCUCCAGCAGGCUAUCCUGACUCUCCUUCAGUGCCGAGGCGUAGACGUUGGUGGAGGUGGUGGUAUUGAGGGAGCUGGGUGA